AAAAAGAAAUACGACAAGGAGACGGAGAAGUAUUGUGGUGUCCUAGAGAAGCACUUAAACUUGUCUUCUAAGAAGAAAGAAUCCCAGCUUCAGGAGGCGGACAGCCAGGUGGACCUGGUUCGGCAGCAUUUCUACGAGGUCUCCCUGGAGUACGUCUUCAAGGUGCAGGAGGUCCAGGAGAGGAAGAUGUUUGAGUUCGUGGAGCCUCUGCUGGCCUUUCUGCAGGGGCUUUUCACCUUCUACCACCACGGCUACGAGCUUGCGAAGGACUUCAGUGACUUCAAGACAGAGCUGACAAUCAGCAUCCAGAACACAAGAAAUCGUUUUGAAGGAACGCGGUCAGAGGUUGAAUCUUUGAUGAAGAAGAUGAAGGAGAAUCCUCACGAGCACAAAAACAUCAGCCCUUACACGAUGGAGGGGUAUCUCUACGUGCAGGAGAAACGUCACUUUGGGACUUCCUGGGUGAAGCAUUACUGCACGUACCAGCGGGAGUCGAAGCGGAUAACGAUGGUCCCGUUUGACCAGAAAUCUGGAGGAAAGGGGGGAGAAGACGAAGCUGUUACCCUCAAAUCUUGCACGCGGCGGAAAACCGACUCGAUCGAGAAGAGGUUUUGCUUUGAUGUGGAAGCCGUUGAUCGGCCCGGCGUGAUCACCAUGCAGGCGCUUUCGGAAGAGGACCGAAGGCUGUGGAUGGAGGCGAUGGACGGCCGGGAACCGGUCUACAACUCGAACAAGGACAACCAAAGCGAAGGCACUGCCCAGUUGGAUAACAUCGGCUUCAGCAUUAUCAAGAGAUGCAUACACGCUGUCGAAACACGAGGGAUCAAUGAGCAAGGACUCUACCGAAUCGUUGGAGUAAACUCGAGAGUUCAAAAGCUGUUGAGUAUAUUAAUGGCGUGCAUCUCCCCGCGCCUGAGGCGUCGGGUCCUGCGGUUCCAGGUGCUCGGGGUGAGCGAAGGCGUCGCGUCACAAAUGCUUCCGGGGCCGCUCAUGAUGUACCAGUUUCAAAGGAGCUUCAUCAAAGCCGCGAAACUGGAGAAUCAGGAGUCGAGGGUGUCAGAGAUCCACAGCCUCGUGCAUCGGCUCCCGGAGAAAAACAGGCAGAUGCUGCACUUGCUCAUGAACCACUUGGCAAAAGUUGCAAAUAAUCACAAGCAGAACCUGAUGACUGUUGCUAAUCUGGGUGUGGUGUUCGGGCCAACACUGCUUCGACCUCAAGAGGAAACAGUCGCUGCCAUUAUGGACAUCAAGUUUCAGAACAUCGUGAUUGAGAUUUUAAUAGAAAACCAUGAGAAGAUAUUUAACACGGUGCCGGAGACUCCGCCGUCGAACUCGCAGCUGCUGCUCUCUCGCAAGAAGAGCACGGACUCGAAGCCUCCCUCGUGCAGCGAGAGACCGCUGACGCUGUUCCACACCGCGCAGCCCGGCGAGAAGCAGGAGAACAGGAACAGUAUCAUCAACUCCAGCCUGGAAUCCGUCAUCUCUUCAAACGCAAACAGCGUCCUCAACUCCAACAGCGCUCCCCAGCCCAGCCUGAACUCAAGUGAUCUUGAACUAGAAGUAAUUAAACCCAACAGGCCAAAUUCACUCCCUCAGAAUCCAAGCCCAACGUCACCCCUCUCACCGUCCUGGCCCAUGUUCUCCGCGCCAUCAAGUCCUAUGCCCACCUCCUCUACGUCCAGCGACUCAUCCCCCAUCAGCUCACCACCGCGGAAAGCCCGAGCUCUGUCCGCCUGUAAAGCAGAACACGACUCGGAGCUCUCCUUCACGGCGGGCACCGUGUUUGACAACGUUCAUCCAUCCCAGGAGCCUGGCUGGCUGGAAGGGACCCUCAGAGGGAAGACAGGAUUAAUCCCCGAGAACUACGUCGAGUUCCUAUAG